AUGCCUGCUGCUCUCUGUGACUUUCGCUUUCUGCGCUCGAAUCAGCCGCUGUCGCUUUAUUUCUUUGCCGUGCCCAGACUGUGCCUGGACCUGCUCGGCUGCUGGCCACGGGAGGGUGGAAAAAUACCCUGGCGAGCGCUGUUUCAUUUCUUGGUGCUGGGCAUAGGUGUGGCCACCGAACUGCAUGCGGGCUUUGUCUUUGCGCAGAACAAGCAGCUGGACAUGGCGCUGGAGACGUUCUGCCCGGCGGGCACCUCGGCGGUCACGCUGCUCAAGAUGUGCCUGAUGCAUUAUUAUCGCCACGAUCUGUGCUAUGUGCUGAAGCAGCUCAAGCUGCUGCUCUACCGCAGGCAGGAUCAAACGAUGGAGAAGCGACUGAUACUGCACCAGCACUCGGUCAUGGCGGCUCGCAUUAACUUCUGGCCGCUCUCGGCGGGCUUCGCCACAGCCAGCACAUAUAAUCUGAUGCCCUUGCUGUUGCCACUGCUGCUCUAUCUGCAGGGAUCGCAGCAGGACAUUGUCUGGAAUAUGCCCUUCAAUAUGACCAUGCCCCAGUUUCUGCUCGGCGCGCCCUUCUUUCCCCUCACCUACGUCUUUAGCGGGUACACUGCGUAUACGACGAUCUUUAUGUUUGCCGGCUGCGAUGGCUUCUACUUUGAGUACUGUGUGCACAUGGCCACGCUCUUUCAGUCCAUGGAAUGCGAUCUGCGUGCCUACUUCAAGCCCUAUCAGCGCCAAGUUGCUACGCUGGCCAGCGAUGGGGAGUUUGAGAAGUUUAUGGUGGCGCUCGUGAGGCGCCACAAUGUGAUCUUGAGGCUAACGCAUUUCUUUCGGCAACGCUAUAUGAUCAUCACCAUGGCGCACUUUAUGUCCGCCAGCUUGGUCAUUGGCUUCAGCAUCUUCGAUCUGCUCACGAUGGGUGGCAACGACCUACUGAACAUGCUCCUCUAUAUGGUCUACACUGUGGCUGCGCUCAGUCAGCUCUUCAUCUAUUGCUAUGGCGGCACGCUGGUCGCCGAGAGCAGCUCUCAUCUCGCUACGGCCAUGGGCAUGUGUCCUUGGCAGCUGUGCACACCCAGGCAGCGCGUCUAUGUGCGGCUCUUUAUGAUGCGCUCCCAACGAGCUCUGACCAUGACAGUGCCCUUCUUCUGUCCCUCGCUGGCCACCUUUGCUGCCAUACUGCAAACUUCGGGUUCAAUCAUUGCCUUGGCCAAGUCCUGUCAAUGA